AUGACAGGCCCAGCAACACCGGGUCAAGAAGGCCCCUCCUUCGCCCCUCCAUCGCUGCCAGAGGGUUGGAUCGCACAAUGGGAUGGCAUGAGCAAGCAAUACUACUACGUGCAAAUCUCGACUGGAGUUUCACAAUGGGAUGUACCUACACACGCAGCGCCCACGGGGCCAACUCCUCAAGCUACACCGGAUCUGCCAAAUAAUGCGAAUCUCCCACCAAAUGCGGACGGGACUCGGGGUGUAGAUGGUGCUACGGGGGAUAGAAGUCUGACGAGCUUUGCGAUGAACCAGUUAAUGGGCGGCAAGAAACAAAGUGGCCAUGGAGGAGGAGGAGCACUCGGGGGACUAGGCAGUCUUCUUGGAGGAUCCUCAAGCGGCGGACACUCGAGUGGUGGUGGCGGCGGUUCUGGUGGGCUUGUUGGCUCUCUCGUGGGAGGUUUACUGGGAAGCGGCAACAAACCGAACAAAGAUCACAGCCAGCAGCAGACAGGAAACUACUCGGGUGCACAACAACCACAGCAGCAUGGCCAAGGUGGAAUGAUGGGGUCUUUUGGUAACAUGGCAAGCAAUUUUAUGGGUGGAGGUCAUCAUGGUGGUCAGGGACAGCAAGCCUCAAACGAUUAUGGCUACUCACAAGGUGGCAGUCAGCAACAAGGCGGAUAUUCUGGAUCAGCACCACCAACCUCAUAUCAACCUCCAACCGGUAACAAUUCUUAUAACCAACCUUCGCAGGGACAGAAUUCUGCACAAAACACUUACCAUCAACAAGGCCAGCAGCCGCCAUCUUCGGGGCCAGGACAAUACGGUGGAACAGCGACCCAUGGACAACAGCCAUCAUAUGGAGGAGCUUCUCAACACGGUAGCAAUUAUGGUGGCUCGCCCAACCCUCAACAAGCUGGAUAUGGCGGACAGAGUCAUCAGAACCCUCCAUAUGGCGGACAAGGUGGUUCAGGUGGUCCAGGCUCAUACCCUCCACCUCCUGGACAAUACCAACCUCCACAGGGAAGUCAACCAAGUUACGGAGGACCAGGACCCCAAAACCAUUCCUACCCUCCUCCACCGCAAGGUUCCUACCCACCACCACCUCAAGGAGGCUAUCCUGGUGGCCCCCCUCAACACUCUGGAAACCUUCCACAGCCACAUCACGGCCAUAUGGAAGGUGGUCUGUAUGGUAAUUCUCAACAUCAAGGACAGCCAGCAGCUCUGCAUGGUGGUGUUGGAGGUCCUCCUGGUGGCAGUCAAGGUCCAGUCAGCGGUUAUGGAGCGGCUAGUGGUGGAUAUGGUGGGUAUGGUGGUCAGCCCGGAGGCCAACAACAGAACCGAUGGUAA